CAUCUAAUUCAGAGUUUUACUGAAGGAGAAAGGCUUUAUGUCAGGGAGGCCACCUGAUAUUAUAACCAGCUGUGUUCCAUUUUAUGAUCUUGUAGCAUCUUGGUCAUAUAAUCAUUGAAACUUACCCCAACAUCAAUGAUGAGUAAAGGCCGUGCAGACGUGAGGAUGGAGAUGCCAGAUGAUUUCUACAUUCCCAUUCCCCUGGAGACAACUAACAUAAGCUCUCUUAGCCCUUUCCUGGUACCUCAAACUCAUCUGGGAACUCCUGGCAUAUUUAUGAGCAUAUCAGCCUUUAUGUUAUUCACUAUCAUCUUUGGGUUCCCCCUUAACCUCCUAACCAUCAUCUGUACUGCCAAAUACAAAAAGUUGCGCUCCCACCUCAACUACAUCCUGGUAAAUCUGGCUGUUGCCAACCUUAUAGUGAUCUGUUUUGGCUCCACCACUGCCUUCUACAGCUUCUCUCAGAUGUACUUCUCUAUGGGCACCUUGGCAUGCAAAAUAGAAGGUUUUACUGCUACUUUGGGAGGAAUAAUUGGCCUGUGGUCCUUGGCAGUGGUGGCUUUUGAAAGGUUCCUGGUGAUCUGUAAACCAAUGGGAAGCUUUACAUUCAGGGAGAGUCAUGCGGUUCUAGGCUGUAUACUCACCUGGGUAAUGGGUCUGCUGGCAGCAACCCCCCCAUUGCUAGGAUGGAGCAGGUACAUCCCAGAAGGCUUGCAGUGCUCAUGUGGACCAGACUGGUACACUGUGAACAACAAGUGGAACAACGAAUCAUACGUUAUUUUCCUUUUCUGCUUCUGCUUUGGAUUCCCUCUUGCAAUCAUUGUGUUUUCCUAUGGACGCCUGCUGCUCACCCUCCAUGCCGUUGCUAAACAGCAGGAACAGUCGGCAACUACUCAGAAAGCCGAACGUGAAGUGACUAGGAUGGUGAUUGUUAUGGUUGCUGGCUUCCUGGUGUGCUGGCUUCCCUAUGCCUCCUUUGCUUUAUGGUCAGUGACGCAUCGAGGGGAGUUGUUUGACCUACGAAUGGCUUCUAUACCUUCUGUAUUUUCCAAGGCCUCCACUGUGUACAAUCCAUUUAUCUAUAUAUUUAUGAACAGACAGUUCCGCUCUUGCAUGAUGAAGAUGAUUUUCUGUGGCAAGAAUCCUUUGGGAGAUGAUGAAGAAACAUCUGUCUCUGGGUCUACUCAGGUAUCAUCAGUAUCCAGCAGCCAGGUUGCCCCGUCAUAACACUAAUCAUACCCAGCGCUUGUCCUGCCAUGCCGGCUGCCAAGAUUUGUACUCUCGGAAACUUAAAGAUGAUAUGACUGGCCAGAAACCCACAAAGAAAGACUCUAUAACUAUUAAAAAUUAAAAUGUCACCAUCACCACACAGAUCUAUUUUUCAUAAUAAAAGAAAAUUAAUUGUUAAGCAACCACAAGUUGAAGGCCAAUAUAUUUUAGGGACCCCAAAAGCUUUUACAAAGAAGGGGAAAUGUCUUUUAUACUUAUUUGACCCUUGAAGCUACUGGUUCGUCUUCCCACUAUUGUUAUUCCCCAACGUUACCUUUGCUAUAAACAUACUAGGUGCUCAAAUGAACAUAUGCAUUAACAGUAACAUAUGCAGGAACGUUCUCUGGGAUACAGCUUCUGAAUGCAUUGCACCUGGAGAGGGAGUUAUCUACGUGGUUCUAAUCGGGUAGAUCUGCACCCCAUCUGUCAACAGCAACCUGCAUAUUUCAUCCCAUGGAGCAGUGAAAGGCUGCUUUUAUUACAGUAUUGAGAUUUACUUUACUCUCCCAUGAUUUACUGCAUUAAGCUCUUUAACGACUAACUCUUGAAUAAUUCUUUGGCCAACUGGAUUCCACUGUAUUGGGCUGCAGCCCAGUCAAGGCAAUCAAGCGCAAAUUCCCAGCUUUUCUUCGAGGCUUAUUUGUUUUUAUUUAUUGUCUUCAUGUUAGAAAUAGAUGUAACAUUGGGUACCCACCUUGUCAUUUAAUAAACACAUCAGAUGCAUUGUC